AUGUAUUCAGUUGAACCAGUUAUUGUUCAACAACUAUUCAAACAAAUUUUUUAUAUCAUUAAUGCCCAGGCUUUUCGUGGUUUACUUGUACGAAGUGAUUGUUGUAAUUGGAGUAAAGCUCUGCAAAUUCGAUAUAACUUGAAUCAUUUAACAGAAUGGUUACGUGAUCAAAAUUUACAAGAAAGUGGUGCUGCUGAUUGUCUUCUUCCAUUAACACAAGCUGUUCAAUUAUUUCUCUGUAAAAAAGAUGAAGUCAGCAUUAGUAAUGUUUGUACAAAACUUACAAUUGUUCAAGUAACAAAAUUAUUAAGUUUGUAUAAAUCAAUGGAUGAUUUUGAUGAUCAAGUAACUCCAGCAUUAAUUAAACGAGUAUCUGAUUUAUUAAAGCAACAAAGACUUGGUUCAACAAAAGAUCAAGCAAAAAUUGAUUAUGAACAACAAGAAAAUUUUGAUCUUUCCUAUACAUUUCCACUUGUAUAUCCUUAUGUUCCAUCAACAGUUUCACUUGAUCAAUUGGAUAUACCAUCUGAACUUCAUCUCGAUUUUCUUUCACUUGUUUAA